AUGGCUUCUGACGAUUCCUCCGUUCAAACACCUCCUACUCCUCCUCCUCCUCCACCCAAUCAAUAUCUUAAUUUCAAUGACGCAACCAAUCCGUAUCGACUUGACCAUGGGGAUAACCCCUCCCUUUCUCUCGUCCCUGAACGUCUCACUAUUGACAACUACACCACUUGGUCCCGUGCCAUUCACCAUGCUCUUCGAGCCAAAAACAAAUUAGGGUUCAUUAAUGGUGAACUCACCAGACCCAUCAACCCAUCUGACCCUUUACUUCAACCAUGGGAACGUUGUAAUGACAUGGUUACAUCUUGGCUUCAAAACUCGAUCUCUUCCUCCAUCAAAUCCAGUAUUGCGCUCGUUGAUGAUGCUGCUACUGUCUGCUUCGAGCUACGGGAGCGUUUUACUCAACAAAAUGGCUCUCGAAUCUUUCAUCUCAAGAAAACACUUGCUGGACUUCAUCAAGAUCAAGAUCCGAUAAGCAUCUAUUAUGGAAAGUUGAAAGCUAUUUGGGAUGAACUCAACAUAUUUGACCCUUUGCCUAACUGUACUUGCGGUCAAUUAAAAACCCUUUCGGAUUGA